AUGGGUGGUGCGGACGAGACGCUCGUGGCUGCGACGGCCGUGCUGCAGUCUCUCGCCAGAGACGAGCCCACCACUGGCUCUGCUUCCCCUCCCUUUGAUUUCGAAUUCCCCUCGACCAACGGUGCGAAAUCGUCCAAACUUCCCGGAGAGCCUAGCCCGGCAAAGGCCGCCUUCGAAGCCGAGUUGGAGGCCUUGGUGCGCCGCGUGCACCACCUGGAAUUCCAAGCUGUCAGUCAUCACCAAUUCCCCGACAAUCCCCAGCAGACCACCCAGUCUGCUUUCGGAUCCACCGAGAAGAACCCUGAUUUUUUGUGGACCUUUGGGCUCGAUCGCUUGUCGUCCGGUCAAGGUUCUGACUCUUCUUAUUGCCUCACACAGCAGCAAAAACUGAAUCAACCCGAUCGGCGACAGCGGACGUCAUCGGGCCCCGAAGAACGACCCCAACAACCCGCCCCGGCAGGAGACCUUGACGAUGACGAAACCGACGAGGAGGAUGAGACCGGGGCAACCCGCGUCGUGCGCGAAGAAGACAUCAGCAUCCUCCGCAACCAUGUGCAAAAACAGGCCGAGGAAAUCAGCUUCCAAAAGGAUAUCAUCGCUCAAGUUCGCGAUGAGUUGCAAAAGCAGGAAGAGCACACCCGCCGUGCCCUGACCAAGGUCGAAAAUGAGGAUGUUGUCCUGCUGGAGCGUGAGCUUCGCAAACACCAGCAGGCCAACGAGGCUUUCCAAAAAGCCUUGCGAGAAAUCGGCGGCAUCAUCACCCAGGUCGCCAAUGGUGAUCUCUCCAUGAAGGUUCAGAUUCACCCGCUGGAGAUGGACCCGGAAAUUGCAACGUUCAAGCGCACGAUCAACACCAUGAUGGACCAACUGCAAGUCUUUGGUAGCGAAGUGUCUCGAGUCGCCCGUGAGGUCGGAACGGAGGGUAUACUGGGAGGUCAAGCUCAAAUCACUGGUGUCCAUGGUAUCUGGAAGGAACUCACGGAAAACGUCAACAUUAUGGCCAAGAACCUGACGGAUCAGGUGCGAGAAAUCGCCGCUGUCACCACUGCGGUCGCCCACGGUGAUCUCAGUCAGAAGAUUGAGAGCCGUGCUCAGGGUGAAAUCUUGGAGUUGCAACAGACUAUCAACACCAUGGUGGAUCAGCUUCGGACCUUUGCAACAGAGGUCACCCGAGUCGCGCGUGAUGUCGGUACCGAAGGUGUCCUCGGGGGUCAAGCUCAGAUCGAAGGCGUUCAGGGAAUGUGGAACGAACUCACGGUUAAUGUCAACGCCAUGGCCAACAAUCUGACCACGCAAGUGCGUGAUAUCGCUACGGUCACCAAGGCCGUCGCCAAGGGUGACUUGACGCAGAAGGUGCAAGCCAACUGUCGAGGAGAAAUUGCGGAGUUGAAGAAUAUUAUCAACUCCAUGGUGGAUCAACUACGACAGUUCGCUCAGGAAGUCACAAAGAUCGCCAAGGAGGUCGGUACCGAUGGUGUGCUGGGUGGCCAAGCCACCGUGAAUGAUGUGGAGGGCACAUGGAAAGACCUCACAGAAAAUGUCAACCGCAUGGCCAACAACCUGACUACUCAGGUGCGUGAGAUUGCGGACGUCACUACGGCCGUCGCCAAGGGUGACCUGACCAAGAAGGUCACCGCCAACGUGCAGGGUGAGAUACUUGACCUCAAGAGUACCAUCAACGGCAUGGUGGACCGUCUCAACACCUUUGCCUUCGAGGUCAGCAAGGUCGCGCGUGAGGUCGGUACAGAUGGUACCCUAGGAGGUCAAGCCAAGGUGGACAACGUGGAAGGGAAAUGGAAAGAUCUCACCGACAACGUAAACACCAUGGCGCAAAAUCUGACAUCCCAAGUGCGAAGUAUCUCGGACGUGACGCAAGCUAUUGCCAAGGGUGAUCUUAGCAAGAAGAUUGAGGUACAUGCCCAGGGAGAGAUUCUGACCCUGAAGGUGACCAUCAAUCACAUGGUGGGUCGACUAGCCAAGUUCGCCACCGAACUGAAGAAGGUCGCUCGCGAUGUGGGUGUUGACGGGAAAAUGGGUGGCCAAGCCAACGUGGAGGGGAUCGCAGGAACUUGGAAAGAAAUCACCGAGGACGUCAACACUAUGGCCGAGAACCUUACAUCCCAAGUGCGUGCCUUUGGCGAGAUUACCGAUGCCGCGACGGAUGGUGAUUUCACCAAGCUCAUUACCGUCAACGCUUCCGGAGAAAUGGACGAACUGAAGCGCAAGAUCAACAAAAUGGUUUCCAACCUGCGUGACAGUAUUCAGCGAAACACUGCCGCUAGGGAGGCUGCUGAGCUCGCCAAUCGUACCAAAUCCGAAUUCCUUGCCAACAUGUCCCACGAGAUCAGAACUCCGAUGAACGGUAUCAUCGGUAUGACCCAGCUCACGUUGGACACGGAUGAUUUGAAGCCUUAUACUCGUGAGAUGCUCAACGUGGUGCACAAUCUCGCAAACAGUCUGCUCACAAUCAUUGACGAUAUACUCGACAUCUCGAAGAUUGAAGCAAACCGGAUGGUGAUUGAGAGUAUUCCAUUCACCGUACGAGGCACUGUGUUCAAUGCGCUCAAAACGCUAGCCGUGAAGGCGAACGAGAAAUUCCUGAGCCUGACUUACCAAGUGGACAACACGGUGCCAGACUAUGUGAUUGGCGACCCAUUCCGUCUCCGCCAGAUUAUCCUUAACUUGGUCGGCAAUGCCAUUAAGUUCACAGAGCAUGGCGAGGUCAAGCUCACAAUCCGGAAAUCGGACCGGGAGCAAUGUACCACCAACGAGUACGCCUUUGAAUUCUCCGUCUCCGACACCGGUAUUGGUAUCGAGGAGGAUAAGCUGGACUUGAUUUUCGACACCUUCCAACAGGCCGAUGGCUCAACCACCCGCAGGUUCGGUGGUACUGGUCUCGGCCUUUCGAUCUCCAAACGGCUGGUGAAUCUAAUGGGUGGCGAUGUCUGGGUCACCUCUGAGUACGGACAUGGCAGUACCUUCCACUUUACCUGCGUGGUGAAGCUUGCCGACCAGUCCCUGAAUGUCAUCGCUUCUCAGCUCUUGCCGUACAGGAACCACCGGGUGUUGUUCAUCGACAAAGGUCAGAACGGUGCCCAAGCCACCAAUGUCAUGAAGAUGCUCAAGCAGAUCGAGUUGGAGCCUUUGGUUGUUCGGAACGUAGAGCACGUUCCGCCCCCUGAGAUCCAAGAUCCCUCUGGAAAGGAAUCCGGUCAUGCAUACGAUGUCAUCAUUGUGGACUCGGUUGACACGGCUCGCAUCUUGCGGACAUUUGAUGAGUUCAAGUAUAUACCAAUUGUUCUGGUCUGCCCGUUAGUCUGCGUCAGCUUGAAGUCCGCCUUGGAUCUUGGGAUUAGCUCCUAUAUGACAACGCCUUGCCAGCCUAUUGAUAUGGGCAACGGCAUGCUUCCCGCACUGGAGGGUCGGUCGACUCCGAUCACCACCGACAAUUCCCGCUCAUUCGACAUCCUUCUGGCGGAGGACAACGAUGUCAACCAGCAACUUGCGAUGAAGAUACUCCAGAGGCACAACCACAAUGUCUUUGUUGUCGGCAACGGCUUGGAGGCUGUGGAGGCUGUCAAGAAGCGUCGUUAUGAUGUUAUUCUGAUGGAUGUUCAGAUGCCUGUUAUGGGUGGUUUCGAGGCCACUGGCAAGAUCCGAGAGUAUGAACGGGAAAGUGGUCUCCAGCGAACUCCGAUCAUUGCGCUCACUGCGCACGCCAUGUUGGGUGACCGCGAGAAGUGUAUCCAGGCUCAGAUGGACGAGUACCUUUCCAAGCCGCUCAAGCAGAACCAGAUGAUGCAGACCAUCCUCAAGUGCGCCACGCUUGGUGGCUCGCUGCUGGAGAAGAGCAAGGAGUCUCGAAUUUCAAGCAGUGGGGAAAUGCAUCCGAUCCACUCCUCCGUGCCUGACAACCAGAACCACCACCAGCAGCAGCAGCGAUCACAAAAACAACAAUUGUUGCCUUCGCCGCCACGACCUGGCAUGGAGACUCGAGCAAUCACUACCUCUGGCCCCAUUUCCCGCGGCAGUAUCGCUGAGCCUGAAGACCAAGACGAAGAGAUGAUCGAUGAUCGGGUACGUUAG